GAUGAGGGCCCUCGCCCCACCCGUCUGCAGCCACUCGGAGCCUCGGUCCCCGAGCUCGAGAAGGCCACGUGACCCUCCCAGGGCCAGUCACGUGAGGCGUGGAUCCUGAGUGGAGUGGGAGGGGGUUGGCACUGGGGUCUGGAGUGGCAGUAAAAGAGGACGAUGGCGGGGUGCAGAGGGUCCCUGUGCUGCUGCUGCAGGUGGUGCUGCUGCUGCGGUGAGCGUGAAACCCGCACCCCGGAGGAGCUGACCAUCCUUGGAGAAACUCAGGAAGAGGAGGAUGAGAUUCUUCCAAGGAAAGACUAUGAGAGUUUGGAUUAUGAUCGCUGUAUCAAUGACCCUUACCUGGAAGUUUUGGAGACCAUGGAUAAUAAGAAAGGUCGCAGGUACGAGGCGGUGAAGUGGAUGGUGGUGUUUGCCAUCGGAGUCUGCACGGGGCUGGUGGGUCUCUUCGUGGACUUUUUUGUGCGCCUCUUCACCCAGCUCAAGUUUGGAGUGGUACAGACAUCGGUGGAGGAAUGCAGCCUGAAAGGCUGCCUAGCCCUGUCCCUCCUUGAACUCUUGGGUUUCAACUUGACCUUUGUCUUCUUGGGGAGCCUUCUGGUCCUAAUUGAGCCAGUGGCUGCAGGUUCUGGAAUACCUGAGAUCAAAUGCUAUCUGAAUGGCGUGAAGAUCCCCGGAAUCGUCCGUCUUCGGACCCUGCUCUGCAAAGCGUUCGGAGUGCUGUUCAGUGUGGCCGGAGGGCUCUUUGUGGGGAAGGAAGGGCCCAUGAUCCACAGCGGAGCAGUGGUGGGCGCUGGCCUCCCUCAGUUUCAGAGCAUCUCCUUACGGAAAAUCCAGAUUAACUUCCCCUACUUCCGAAGUGACAGAGACAAGCGGGACUUUGUAUCAGCAGGGGCGGCUGCCGGCGUUGCUGCAGCUUUUGGGGCUCCCAUUGGGGGGACCUUGUUCAGUCUGGAGGAAGGCUCGUCCUUCUGGAAUCAAGGGCUCACGUGGAAAGUGCUCUUUUGUUCCAUGUCUGCCACCUUCACCCUCAACUUCUUUCGUUCUGGGAUUCAGUUUGGAAGUUGGGGCUCCUUCCAGCUCCCUGGAUUGCUGAAUUUCGGCGAGUUUAAGUGCUCUGACUCUGAUAAAAAAUGUCAUCUCUGGACAGCUAUGGAUUUGGGUUUCUUCGUCGUGAUGGGGGUCAUUGGGGGCCUCCUGGGAGCCACAUUCAACUGUCUGAACAAGAGGCUUGCAAAGUACCGUAUGCGAAACGUGCACCCGAAACCUAAGCUCGUCAGAGUCUUCGAGAGCCUGUUGGUAUCUCUGGUAACCACCGUGGUGGUGUUUGUGGCCUCGAUGGUGUUAGGAGAAUGCCGCCAGAUGUCACCUUCGAGUCAAAUCGGUAAUGACUCGUUCCUGCUCCAGGUCACAUCAGAAGACGUGAAUUCAAGUAUCAAGACCUUUUUUUGUCCCAAUGAGACCUACAAUGACAUGGCCACACUCUUCUUCAAUCCCCAGGAGUCUGCCAUCCUUCAACUCUUCCACCAGGAUGGUACCUUCAGCCCUAUCACUUUGGCCUUGUUCUUCAUCCUCUAUUUCCUGCUUGCGUGUUGGACUUACGGCAUUUCUGUUCCAAGCGGCCUUUUUGUGCCUUCUCUGCUGUGUGGAGCUGCUUUUGGACGUUUAGUUGCCAAUGUCCUCAAAAGCUACAUUGGAUUGGGCCAUAUCUAUUCAGGGACCUUUGCCCUGAUUGGUGCCGCGGCUUUCUUGGGUGGGGUCGUCCGAAUGACCAUCAGUCUCACGGUCAUCCUGAUUGAAUCUACCAAUGAGAUCACUUACGGGCUUCCCAUCAUGGUCACUCUGAUGGUGGCCAAAUGGACAGGGGACUUUUUCAAUAAGGGAAUUUACGACAUCCACGUGGGCCUGCGAGGAGUGCCGCUUCUGGAAUGGGAGACAGAAGUGGAGAUGGACAAGCUGAGAGCCAGUGACGUCAUGGAGCCCAACCUGACCUACGUGUACCCGCACACCCGCAUCCAGUCUCUGGUCAGCAUCCUGCGCACCACGGUCCACCACGCCUUCCCGGUGGUGACCGAGAACCGAGGCAAUGAGAAGGAGUUCAUGAAGGGCAACCAACUCAUCAGUAACAACAUCAAGUUCAAGAAAUCCAGCAUCCUCACGCGAGCCGGCGAGCAGCGCAGACGCAGCCAGUCCAUGAAGUCCUACCCGUCAAGUGAGCUGCGGAAUAUGUGUGACGAGCAUGUAACCUCCGAGGAGCCAGCCGAGAAGGAGGACCUCCUGCAGCAGAUGCUCGAGCGGAGAUACACUCCCUACCCCAACCUAUACCCUGACCAGUCCCCAAGUGAAGACUGGACCAUGGAGGAACGCUUCCGCCCUCUGACCUUCCACGGCCUGAUCCUUCGCUCUCAACUGGUCACCCUGCUCGUCCGAGGAGUUUGUUAUUCUGAAAGUCAGUCGAGCGCCAGCCAGCCACGUCUUUCCUACGCCGAGAUGGCCGAGGAUUACCCACGGUACCCUGACAUCCACGACCUGGACCUGACACUGCUGAAUCCGCGGAUGAUCGUGGACGUCACCCCAUACAUGAACCCUUCUCCCUUCACUGUGUCACCUAACACCCACGUCUCCCAAGUUUUCAACCUGUUCAGAACGAUGGGCCUCCGGCACUUACCGGUGGUGAAUGCGGUGGGAGAGAUCGUUGGGAUCAUUACCCGGCACAACCUGACAUAUGAGUUUCUGCAGGCCCGUCUGCGGCAGCACUACCAGACCCUCUGAGGGCCAGCCCCCCCGCUCCUGGAGCGGCCCGGGGAGGCGGCUCGCGCGUGCCCCGCCACCAUGGCUAGCUGGGGCUGGCCCGGGCCGCAUCAGGCUCCCAGUCACCCACUCGCUUGGAAAGCCUACAGUCAUCGAAUGCUUUGCUGGUCAGAGACGCCGGGAUGGUAUUGAGCCAUCAGAGUUGGGACUUGUCUGACUUUCUCAGCAAGUAUCUUCCUGUUUCCUGCUCCCCGAGUUCCUACCAUCCAGUGUUGGCGCAGGCACAGACCCCUCCGCCUGCUAGUGCCAGAGCCCAAGAGGGAAGUUAGGCCUCACACCUGCUGCAGGGCGACACCCAGGGCCGUGUCCCUGCCCCCUCUUGGCGGCUCUCCUGGGGGCCCCAGCUGUUGCCUUACACUACAAUGGGGAGACGGUGGCAGGGCAAACUCUGGGGGAGUGCCAGUUGCAAAAUUAAGUGGGUUACCAAAUUCAGGAAUUGGGCACUGAGAAAAGGACCCAUGUUUCAGGGAGGCCUUCCUUCGCUGAGACUCAGCUCAACAUCUGCAACAUUUCAUUUUGUGGGAAACGUUCUGCUUCUGGGCUAUGAGUCUGCUGCUCUGGUCUGGCCCCCGGGGUUUCAGUCUCCUUAGAACCACCACCUUCCAGAAGCACAAAGCAUUCAAAUCCCACCGAUACUCUGAACGAUAAGUCUGACAAUGGAGUCAGGUUUCUGUCUGCCCUGGUUUUUAACAUUUAACUUUCUCUCCAUUUCCCACAUUACACGGUCUCCUAGUGACACGUUUUGACCCUGAUUUGUCCCUGCUCCUUUUCACCUCCACUGAAUUACUACACUUAAGUUUUCACCUGCGUCUUCCUGGUAAAGCAGCCACAGUCCAGAGGAUUUUAGCGUUACCCCCACCCCCACCCCAAGUUAACUAAAAGCCUAGCACCUCUAGAUAAAACUGCCUGGCUCUGGGGAAUGGUACAGCUAUUUCUAAGAUGGAAAGGAGUGAGCUCUGAGCCAGUGACUGCUACAAGGUACGUGAUGUGGCUUGAAAGGCCUGAGUGGUAUGAUAAAAACAGAUGGUUUAUUCGAGGAGAAGGGUGUCUGCCCUUCACAAACCCGUCUCACUUCCCUGCCUACAUCCCCAGCCUUCUGAGGGGCUCAGAAAUGGAAACUUCAGGAGGGUCUGCCGUGCUGCCGCCUGGUUGUGGGAGGGAGGGGGAGAGAGGCUUCCUGCCAGCACGUGCCCCCAGCUUUUAGCAGCAAACAUGGGCAGCCUCCCUCUGUCUUUCAGUGACUUAGUUUGUCUCCAGGCUGACUGGCCCGCCCUCUGCACAGGUACCAGAGUGAACAUUUGGGUGUCAGGCGUUUGCAGUUUCCUCUUCCUCUGCGCUGCUCCAUGUUUGUCAGCAGACUAGGCCCAUCAGGCAACCCUGUGGCAGAUGUGCUUUGGGGUUUAAGAUGGCAUUCAUUUGCAUUCAGGUUUUGUUUUUUGUUAUUUUAAAUCCUGGAAGUUGCCUGAGGGCAUCGGUACCUGGCCUGGGCAACACCGUUCCCUCGCCCUCAGCCUCCUGUUGACUUGACGUCAGAUACCAGCCCCUUUCAUCUGGGUGUGGGUGUCGGUCCCGCUUUGCUGGCUCAGGUCUUGUGCUCAAAACCCAUGAGGGAAUAAUAAUCCCACUUAAUUGAGGCAGCUGCUUCAGGAUCUUUUCCAAGGGACUGUGGCCCCUUCCGUUCUUCCCAUUUUCUUAUCUCGUAGACCAAAAGGACUUGGAUGUCGAAGUGUUUCAGCCCUGGAUGCACUGCGUUUGUGAAAUGUGGAUGAAACUCCCAGUAAAUUGUUCGGGUACUCACAAGGACCAAAAAGGCAAGCCCUCCUAAUUGUGAUUGUGUUCAACUAGCUGCCACUUUAUUUUCUGGCAGCGUUCAGAGCUUGGCCACGUUGCUUCUUCCUUUUAUGAAGAAGGAAACCAAUUGCACGAGUCAGGACAAUGUUGUGACGGCCCAUCCCAGAAACUGAAAUCUCUUCUUCCCAGCCCUCACUGAAAUGGGCAGAGCUAAAGUCCUGCAGGAGGACCUCUGGCCUCCAGGGGUCUGGGUCACCAUCUACUGGCCUCGAGGCUGCCUGGGUGAAUGUCGUUGAAAUUUACCCCUCGUGCACAUAGUGUUGCUCUUAUGUCACCAGAUGUUUUGUUCCCAUCGGCGUAGUCCAGAGAUAAACAGCAGAAUGCAAAUGCCUUCCUCGCCCUGAGCUGACGGGAUGGCUGCCAAGAAGGACCCAAACCCAGGCCCCUUUGGAAAGGAACGUUUUCUGUCCUCUGUUGACGUCUGCCCUUUCCAGAUAAGCCCAAAGACAACCACUGCUCCACUUGUAACAAAGUAACUGGAAGCCUCGCUCCUUUGAUUUCUGUUAGAAACCUGCAUUUUCAGCAUCUCACUAUUACCUGCCCCAUGACCUCCCGGUGAUCUGGCUCCUUCAUAGAUAAAAUCCACAUAGGCUCUGGGUUUGGCAAGCGGUGAUUGUGUUUUGUCUCCAGCUUGGUGUUUCGUGGUUCCCUGGCCAAGGCGGUGAGGGAGUCGGGGGCAGGAGUGCCCCCUGGCUGUGGGACCCUUGCACCUUGGGGGAUGAUUUGCUCUGACCUUGUUUAAUGAACGGUUCCUGACUGGAAUGGAUGCUUGUUUGACCCAACCAACCAUAUGAUGUUUCUGAUGCAAAAUUGCACACUGACAGAGCCCUUGGUGACGAGAAAGCCUCAGGAAAGGCCGGAAGUGCCCUCCUGGGCCCGCAGUAUUGAUGUGCAGACAGUAUUGCCCCACAGCUCCUGUGGACCUUGGUCAUUUUGACAGCGGCCUCCUUCUCUCUGUUUGCACUGUUUAUGUGAUAACGUUAACUAAUUCCACUGUGUAUAUAAAUUGUUUGGUUUUUUUUAAUUUGUAAAAUUCUAUUUUUAUUUGAACUUUUGGAACUUGGAAUUCUCCUUGUAACCUUAACAUGUCAGAAUAAAACAUCUUGGGGCCGGCCCGGUGGCUCAGGUGGUUGGAGUGCUGUGCUCAACACCGAGGUCGCUGGUUUGAUUCCCACAUGGGCCAGUGAGCUGCGCCCUCUACAGCUAAGAUGGUGAACUACAGCUCU